CAGCACUGUAUUGUAAAGUGAAGCAGCGUUUUAUUAUAACUUCAUCAUGAAAGGAUAGGUGAGAUUAGGGAUACUAUAUAGAACCCUUCGGAUGACAUGUCUCUACGGAAAUGGAGGCGCGCAUCCUGGAAGCUAGCCAUGAGGCAAGACCCCAUACUCUGAUAUGUGUCAAGCCAAAUAACAAAGUACAACCAGACAUGGAGACCAGCUAUGACCAGGAGAAGCCAGAAACAUCUGGGAGCAAUCCGAGGGAUGUAGAACCUGAAUCUGGAAAGAAAGAUAUAGACUGCUUUGGAUACUUGUUGAUGUUCAUAUCCUUUUUGUUGGUUUUUUUCACUUUUCCCAUUUCAAUAUGGUUUUGCAUGAAGAUUGUUCAGGAAUACGAGAGAGCUGUCAUCUUCCGGUUAGGAAGGGUAAGAUCUGGAGCUAAAGGACCCGGGAUUUUCUGGAUUCUUCCAUGCACCGAUGACUUCUGUCGGCUCGAUUUGAGAACUGUGUCAUUCGCAGUCCCUCCCCAAGAAGUUCUCACCAAGGAUUCUGUAACCAUCAUGGUCGAUGCUGUGGUCUUCUACCGUGUUUUCAAUCCAAUUGUCACAGUAGUUAAAGUGGACAACGCCAAUCAAGCUACUCAGAUGCUGGCACAGACCACAUUGCGGAAUAUGCUGGGAACCAAAAGCCUGACCGACAUUUUGAUAGACCGUGAAGAAAUGGCUGAUCAUAUGGGUAGAAUCUUAUACGAUGCUACAAAAGAAUGGGGAAUUAAGGUGGAGCGCGUGGAAAUAAAGGACGUCAAAUUGCCAUCGUCUUUACAGAGAGCAAUGGCCGCUGAAGCAGAAGCUGCCCGCGAAGCCAGAGCAAAGGUGGUUGCAGCAGAGGGGGAGAUGAAUGCCUCUCGGGCCCUGAAAGAAGCCGCUGUUAUCAUGUCCGAGUCUCCAGCCGCCCUGCAGCUCCGCUACCUCCAGACUCUUUCACAUAUCGCUGCCGAGAAGAAUUCAACCAUUAUAUUCCCCAUUCCUGUGGAGUUUGCUUCGCUAUUAUCUCGCAGCUAGGCAAGAAAUGUGACAAGUUCCAGCAAAGUCCUGCCCGCAGCACGCAGAGACCUGGUCUGUUCUUCCUUGUAAUUCCACAGACGUGUUAUGGCAUGAACAGAAUAAAUGUUAUGUGUGACAAAGACCCCAUCACUGUGUAUUCUUCUCUCUGGUAUCUACAGCGGCCUCUCUGCCGUCUCAUCUAUGUCAUUAGCUGCCGUCACAUAAGAGUGCAUAAUACAAGCGGAAUCCACAACAUUUUUUCAGGCUCUAUUGACUUCCGUUGGCAACAUCGACACAGGCA